UGUAGUCCGCUACUGUGUGUGCAGGUGUGGGAGGGAUGGAGGAGCGUGGGUGGGGGGCAGGAUACCCGCGGCUCGCGUGGCCCGAGCCCGACCUGCGCCGCGCCUGGCCCGUUCCGCAGCAGCGACAAGACACGGAGAUGCAGAUGUAUAUGCCUGCGAAGACAAUGCCCGAGGUGCCGAUAGUGUACUCUAGUCAGCAACAAACUCUCCGCGACGGACCUAAGAAGGGCCUGGAGCUGCCACCCCCCACCGCCCCGCCACCCUCCCCUGCUCCCGAUCUGAGAGAGGAGAACAAGCCGCCCCUACUUGAGAAUCAUACUAAGAAGAAACCUAUUAAAGAAAUAAUACAGACGGCAGAGUCGAACAAGGCGGUCGCGCGGGAGCCCGGCGGCGCGGCGUCGGCCCGGCGCCACCCCGCGCCCCCGCCCCCGCUCGACGACCACGACGGCCUCAGUGAGCAUCCCCCCGCCGCCGUGCUGCUGCUAGUGCUCGGCGUGUCGCUGACGGGCGCGCUGGCGGGCAUGCUGGCGUGUCGUGCGCGCGCGGCGCGGCGCCGGCUGCGACGCAAGUCCGCGCUGGCGCACGACGCGGACUACCUCGUCAACGGGAUGUACCUGUAGCGGGACCGCAGGCCCGGCUUGUGCUCUGUGCGCGACUCAACUUAAUGUCGACUUAAAGUUUUGUACAAAAAAAAUAAAAAUUUGUUAUUUAACAGUUCAUAAGUUUAACUACAUAGGUGCUGGGAUUAAUAUAAAGUGUGAUUGUACCUCGUACAGUAAUUAUACAUACCGGGGUAAUUACCUGCAUAUGUCAAGAGUCACAUCGUAUUAUAAAAUGAAUUAGAAUACGUGCAUAUUGUACAACGCUAACUACUGAACAAUGUUUAUUUUCAUUAUUCGUUUCUAAAUAAAAUACAAAAAGCUUAAUUCGUCUAUUAUUAUUAUUACCAUCGGGACUCACAGCGACACAUUGUGCGCCAAGGAAUGAACAUGUAAUGAAACAAACUUUAGUCAACACUUUUAAUAGGUCAAUUUAUUAAUGUAUCAGAGAAAUUUAUGAGUGCUUGAUAUAUGACAGAUAUUUAAAAAGUCAAAUUUAAAAAAUUUAUGUAUUUUGAAACUGAAUACAAC